AUCUACUCCUCCAAUUAUAAAAGUUGUCGCCAUCCCAUCAAUCUAUCCUCUGCCAGUCCGGCUUCUCUCCGAAGAUAACAAAAUUAGGGUUUCUUUUUCUUCUUCUUUUCUCUCGUCCUAAUCUCUCUCUCUAUUACGCCACCCUAAUAAUCAGUUCUUUCCAUUGAUUUGUAAUUUGUACUUUAUUUCUCUGCAAUUUUGGGAAAAAAAUAGUUUAUUUUGUUUUUUUGGUUUCGAUCUUUUUUAACAACAGUCCGACAAAUUUUACAAUGCCGCCGUUCGCCGCCGAAUCCGAAGCGCCGCCGUCGAAUAAUCUCUGGAUCGGCAACCUAACCCCUGAAGUGACCGAAUCGGAUUUAAUGGCGCUAUUCGAUAAGCACGGGCCAAUUGAUAGCAUAACAAAUUAUUCGGCACGAAGCUACGCCUUUGUGUAUUUUAAGAAAAUCGACGAUGCCAAAGCCGCCAAAGAACAGCUUCAAGGCACAAAUCUCCAUGGGAACUCGAUCAAGAUCGAGUUUGCGAAACCGGCUAAGCCAUGCAAGAGCUUAUGGGUAGCUGGUUUAAGCCAAUCUAUAUCAAAAGAAGAAUUGGAAGAAGAAUUCAUGAAGUUUGGUAAAAUUCAGGAAUUUAAGUUUCUUAGGGAUCGCAAUACAGCAUAUGUUGAUUACUUUAGAUUAGAAGAUGCAGCCCAAGCUCUGAAAAAUAUGAAUGGGAAGCGACUUGGUGGCGAGCAGAUACGUGUUGAUUUUCUUCGGUCACAACCUUCUAGAAGAGAACCAUUACCCGAUUUCCGUGAUGCAAGGGAAGGGCAAUUCCCCAGCAGAAGCAUUGGCCCGCCAGAUGCAAGGUGGAUGACGCAUGGUUCCAUGAAUCCGUACUCUGAGCCUAUCCAUGCUGGUUCCAAAAGACAUUUGCCAUCCUCCGGAGGGCGAAGAGGAGAUGGUCAACCUAGCAAGGUUUUGUGGAUAAGUUAUCCUCCUUCUGUUCAGAUUGAUGAAGACAUGUUGCAUCGUGCAAUGAUUCUGCAUGGGGAGAUUGAAAGAAUAAAAACCUUCGAAGACAGGAACUAUGCUUUUGUGCAAUUUAGAAGCGUAGAUGAGGCACGACUAGCUAAAGAAAAGCUGCAGGGAAAGCUUUUUGGCAAUCCACGGAUAUCAAUUGAGUAUUCAAACAGCGAACUUGCACCAAACAGUGAUUACUUUGGCAGUGUACCUGUAACUGAUGGACCUAGGCCUGAUGUAUAUAUGAAUGAUCUUCCCUUUCGUCAUGGACAAAUGGAGGUGAUUGGUCAUAACUCUCAAAAUUUGCUACCUCGUGGAGUCCCUGGGGCUGAUGGUCUGUUGAGACCUCUGGGUUCUCAAGAUGGCCAUUUGGGUGGUCCAAAUUGGAGAAGAUCAUCCCCCGGACCUGGUUUACUCUCUUCCCCAUCUGGAGGCAGAAAUCCGUCGAAUAGAUCUGCAUCUGGUGUAUGGGAUAUUUUUGAUGCCAGCCAACUCCAGAGGGAGUCCAAAAGGACAAGGGUUGAUGACCAAGGAGUGGGUUUUGAUGAAUCGUACAGGCUUCGUGCUGGGUCUGCAGAUGCUCGUUCUGGCUAUGAAGGUAGAAACCGAGUUAGCCCAAUAAAUGCACCAGCAAAGCGCCUUUCAGAUCCUGGUUAUGUGUGGCGAGGAGUUCUAGCAAGAGGAGGAUCUCCGGUUUGCAGAGCUCGGUGUGUUCCUGUUGGAAAGGGCAUUGAGUUCGAGAUACCAAACAUAGUUAAUUGCACUGCUCGAACCGGAUUGGAUAUGUUAACCAAGCAUUUUGCUGAAGCUGUUGACUUUAGUAUUGCAUACUUUUCGCCUGAUAGUGAAGAUGAUUUUGCUUCAUACACACAAUUUCUGAAGUACCUUGAGGAUAGAAACCGGGCUGGUGUUGCUAAGUUCGAUGAUGGGACCACUUUAUUCUUGGUACCUCCAUCGGAGUUCCUCACCAAGGUUCUGAGGGUUGAUGGGCCUCCUAGGCUUUAUGGAGUUGUGUUAGAGUUUCCCCCAGCUGCUCCUGAUACCACUUCGCAGUCGGUCUCUCUUCAGCAACACUAUCUUGAUCAACAAAAUCACACUGGUUCUUCUCUUGCUGCAUACAAUGGAAUGCCACCAGAAGGAAUGUCUGUGCCGAUGCAGUUCACCCGAACUGGACAUGAGGAUACAAAACCUCCUCUAAAAGUUUUGGGCCCUUCUACCACCAGUUCUACUUCUAUCAAUAAUGCUGCAGUAUCUCAAGCUGGAGUUGCGAUCACGCCAGAAUUGAUUGCCACUCUAUCUUCUUUAUUUCCUGCCAACAUCAUGUCUGGUUCUGGAAAUUCUUCAGUACAGACAACUUCAAUACUGGGACCCACGUUGAUUAGUAACCCCACACCUGAUAAGGGAAUUGCACCUGUAUGGCCGCUUGAGCGAAAUGUCCCUGAGCAGACAGUUCUUCCGAUGCCACAGUUCAGUAGCCAGGGUAAUUUUCUGCCACAAGUUCAGGCAUAUACACCUGUCUCAAAUCCAGCUAAUUUUUCUGCUCAAGGUGGUGGGUACAACCAAAUUCAAGAUGCUGGUUUCAAUGUGCAACAGCAAGGUGUUGUGCAUUCCAGGCCAGUGGGCCCUUCUCAUGUACAGGUGUCGGCGCCUAUACAUGUUGGACCGCAGCACUCACUGGGGAUGCAUCAGGAAUCAGUAAGGGGCCAUGGGAUGGCACAGGAUACGAGUUCCUUGAGGUUUUAUGGUUCGUCUAUCCCUCAACAACCUGCAAAUCUUGUUACAUUGGGCAAUGAGGUCAAUAGUACUAUUGCUCAACAGCCACAUGCUCCUUUACUGCAUGCUUCAGGAGUAAAUGUCAAUAAUCAGUUGCAGGAGCGUCCUGCAGAGGAUAAAACUGAGACCGAGGAUGAAAAGAAUAGACGCUAUCAGUCAACUCUAUUAUUUGCUGUCAAUCUUCUUAGUAAGGUAAAGCAGCCAUCUGGAGCGCAAACUAGUCAAGGCUCAGCAAAUCAUUAAAGAUGUCGCGUGAGGUAAAUCACCUUCUCCUCUCUGAUUUUAGUUGAUUAUGGUUGAGUAGGGUCUAAACUUUACAUGCUUCUUGAUGUUUGCCAUUGGUUAGUAAUUUAUCGAGCAAAAGGGCAAAACUCUACAUUCUUUGCAAGUAUCUUUUAGCAGGUACUUUAGGAUAGUUACUUGCUUAUCAUGUCGGAAAAUACCUCUUCAAACCAGUCAAGGAGCAAGUUUAUACUUGUCUUUGCUGUGAAAAAUUUGUAUUAAUUGUUGUGUUGUGUUUGAUUAUGUUGCGUUUUAACUUCUUAGCAAGAAACUUCUGAAAAAUUGUGUUUAUACAGGUUUUUUGGGUGAUGUAUAUGUUAAUGUUUUCCAUGGUGUUCUCAAUGUUUCUUUUGAUAAUACAUCUUAGAAUUUGCACGUCAUGCUUAUUCUAUUUCCUCAAUCCUUGAGCCUUUUUUAUCUGAGUAAUUCAUCUGUGUUCACAAGUGUUAAUGCCAUUAUGCCAUCUCAGACUUCAUAACCACUUUUCUUCAUUUGCUGGUAAAUGAUUCUUCCCUGGAUGGCCUUGAGAUCCAUUCCAUAAAUGAUUCUUUUUUUGAGUGAGAAAUUUUAAUCUGUGGUAAUUGAUACUUGUAUGGCUUGCAAUUUUGCUGAUUCUGUUCCAUGUUUUAGUGUUAGAUUAUUUCAUAUUCUGAGAUGCCUACACUUUUCUAUUAUGGUUUCUGAGAUGGGAAUUCUUUCCAUUGUAAAAUAGAGAGGAUCUAUUUACCCAGUCAAGUACGCCUAGUCUGUUACCUUUGACUCUUUUGGAUGUUUUUUGUGUUAUUUUUAUUAUCUUAUAUAUGGAGGAGAACUACAACAUUUUGGCUUCACUAGAAAUUUGUUAAUGUUGCCUAACAUGGCUGUAUGAUUCAGAAACUUGCAAUGAUCUCUGUUUCUUCCUCUAAAGCAGAUAGAGAAAAUUGUCCAAUAUUGCUAACGAGUUGGGGGGCUGGGGUUGGGGGAGGGGGGGGGUGGUUGGAGAGUGGGUCUGAGUGGACGCAAAACAUUGGAUGCGAAAUCUGUAAACAUGCAUAUUGUUUGCUCCCUGUAUGCAUUGUUUUGCUAAUGUUGCAGAAGUGAGUAACGUCAGUGAAUAGAAGAGUUAUGCAAAAAGCUAGCGAUAAUCAUUUCUUACAUUUAUCCAAUAAGAACUACAAUAAUAGUCCAGAACUGCGAUUAUUAGUGCAUGAGUAUUUCAAACUGUGUCUGUUUUAACCGAAAACCCAACUCUCGGUUGAACAAGUUUGGGGGAGGGGUGUGUUUCGUUGUCAGCUACCAUAAAAUUUCACGAAUAGUGCGUUAUUCAAUUUUACCGAACUGGGAAGAAAAGAUUACUUUGCAGCAGGCAUAAUCAUCUAAGAACUUCUACACCUCUCUCAGAUUAUCUUCUUUGCUGUUCUCUCUGCUGUUUCGCACGAUGCAAUUCAAGUCAUAAGGGAUGUAAGUAAAGUUGUAGGUAGAUGGGAACCAUUGCAAUAAAAUGAGCUAAAUAACUGGUUCGUAGUAGCAGCUAUCAACUAGCAACUUUGUAAACAGUCUGGGACUUGGGAGUGGUAAUCUUGGCUAAACGUCUUUAGGAGAUCUGUAGUUCUUCUUUAUUUCAUAAAGAUCUCGAACAAAAUUGCUCCCGAUGCGAUGCCAUAUCUAUCUGGUUAUUGAGUAUGUCAAAUCUUCAAUUUCAUCAAUUUUUAAACCAGGAAAAGAUGAAAUUUGGCUUCAGCGUUUUGGUCCUUACAAUUUCCUCCCAUUCAAAAGUAAAAUGUGGAACUUGGUAAAAAGGAAAAAUGUUUUUGACAGAAUGCCGUUGGAACAUCCUUUCUAAUGUUUGAUCUGAAGGAAAAUAUGUGAAGUCUCUCACCUACAUUAAGGACAAAAAAAAGUCGGGGGUUGAAACCUCCAAUUUUUGGUCACAACUCGGGUUCUACUCUUUUAAUUUUGGGGACUUAGAUUGGUUUAAAAUGUUUUAUUAGGCUUAAUUGAUUUUAGAAGCAAUUAUAAACACGUAUUUUUCCUUGAGAUUAAAUAUUCUCGUGAACUCGCCCAUAUAUCGUUCAAUCUUGCUAUUUUACAAAUUAUUUUAAUUUAUUAUCUUGUGAUAAGGUAAGCAAUUGUAACUAUCAUCAGUAGGUUGGUGUUGCAAAGGCAAAUAGAAAAUUUGACAUUAAAAGUUGCAAAUUUAAUGGCUAUUUACCCUUUCGUUGUCUACGACGCUGAACAAUUUUGUAUCUUGCUAAUUAUAUUGUCAUUGACAAUAAAAUAAUAGCAGAUAACAAUGAAGUCUUUUUAACUUCAUAAUUCUUUUUUCUUUUUUCUUUUUUUUAAAAAAACCCUCAUUGGGGACAUUUUGAGCUUGCUAAUAAAUAUUUUAUUGUUAUUGACAAUUUGUAGGAACGCCGGCUAUGGUAUAAAGAUUUGAAGUCAAAUAUCAGCGAUCAACGUACAAGUGAAGAUGUUUAGUUGUGCAGAUAUUCUAGCAUGAUGGACGAAUCUAGGGCAGGGCUCUUUUAGAUAUUUUGAACACUAUUAAUACUUGUAAUAUACUUAAUUAUCAGUUCUUUCACCUUUUUUAAGCUCUUUUUCCCCCAUUGUAAGUUUAGAGAAGUGUUUCCUCCAUCAAGUUGAAAAAAAGUAAAUGAAAGCAGUUCUGUUUGGUUUGUUAAUUGUUAAACAAAUAAUUUUAACGUGGAAAAACAAAUUAAGAGGCA